UAGCCCGCAUUUUGACGUAUGGCCACAUGCAGUCGUGACACAUGCGUGUUUGACAGUAUCUUGCGGCCUAUUCACCGAUCGACUUUUUAUCUAAAAUGCAAAUAAUAAAAUCAUUCAUUUUUGCUUCGUAUCGAUUCUAAAUUUUAAAUUUAUUGACUAACGAACAUUUUUCGCAUCGAAUCAUUUUGAACGUUGUUCCAGUGUGAAAUAAAUGUGGUAUUUUCUUUUGUUCGAAACAGUUUUGCGCACCGACUACAUACACUUCUUUUUUUUUUGUUACCGAGAGCAUCUGUCAAGUUCAGUUGCCCAGGCCUGGCACUAUUAAUCGGAGUAAAAUGUUUCUAAAAAAAAUUUGUUCGUUUAUAAAUAGAUUUUCUUCCCGAAAAUAAAGAAACAGACAAAACAGCUAUACAUCAAAAACAGCUAAAUUGCCGUUUUUGUUCUUGCUAUUGUUUCAAUACUUUUGUUUGAUCAUUGAUUCAUUCUGUUCGGUUCUAAAUUCGGUUUCGGCUGUUUGUUGAUAUUAAUUUGUCAUUUUUGGUCGACAAAUACCAAUUAAUCAUGGCUUUGCUCGGCGCACAACUAGUGAUGACAUUGAUUAUGGUCAGUGUGAUACAGAAAUUAAGCCCGCAUUAUUCAUUAGCCAAAUGGAUUUUGUGUUCGACCGGUUUAAUUCGAUUUCUUCAUCCCACCGAUAAUGAAUUGAAAACCCUUGCCGGUGUUCCGAAAAGUAUGCACAAAACGAAAAAAGAGCAUCGGCACAGCAAAUACAGCAACGGAAAUGAUGAUAAAUCGCACACAUUUCAUGUACCAAGAAAUUUAGACAUUCAAUUGGAAGUGACUAAAGUGACACCAUUCGAUGUAAUAAAUCUGCGAUAUUACACCGAAUACCAAUGGCUAGUCGAUUUCAGUCUGUACGCAUGCAUCAUCUAUGUCAUCUCGGAAAUUUACCAUUAUUACAUACCGCUAAAAGAGGAGGUCAAUUUGAGCAUGAUGUGGUGUCUUUUAGUUGUAUUUUUUGCAUUUAAACUACUGAUUUCACUCACCGUGCAAUACUUCAAAAGUGAUGAGUCAAUCGGUGAACGCUCCACUUGUAUCGUUACCGGUUUGGUCUAUUUGUUGAUCGCAAUGAUUGUUCUCAUUGUUGAUGAGAACACAUUGGAAAUCGGCUUGGAACAAGCAUACAAGAGUUUCAACGAAAGUGCUUCGGUGUACCUGGAGGAACGAGGAGUUUCUUCAUCUGGACCGGCAUCAAAAAUCAUUGUGAAAUUUUGUAUAGCAGUAUCGUGCGGUAUUCUAGGUGCCAUUUUCACAUUUCCCGGUCUUCGUAUGGCUCGAAUGCAUUGGGACUCCCUAAAAUACUGCCGUGAAAGUAAAUUCUUGAAAUUGAUAUUGAACAUCAGUUUCGUGCUGCCAUUUAUCAUUGUAAUCCUAUGGAUUAAACCAAUAAGCCGUGAAACGUUGACAAAUCGCGUAUUUGCCGGCAUGGAUCAUCCAUUGCUGACGCCAGAAGCCUUUGACGUAAUACGCUUUCUACUCAUUAUACUUGCUGUUGCGUUGCGUUUGAUCUUGAUGCCAAUCUAUUUGCAAGCAUAUCUGAAUUUGGCGUAUGAUCGAUUGGAAGAGCAGAAAAAAGAAGCCGGUCGAAUAACAAAUGUUGAUUUACAGAAAAAGAUUGCGUCAAUAUUUUAUUAUUUAUGUGUGGUGACGCUGCAGUAUGUCGCACCGAUUUUGAUGUGCUUGUACUUUGCCUUAAUGUACAAAACGUUGGGUGGCUACAGCUGGACUGAUCUGUUUGCCAAUAACACCACCAACAGCAACCUAACCAGCACAAUCCCGGUAAAGGAGUCAAUUGUAACUACAACACUAGGUGAUCCUGAUUUUGAUGAUGAGCCAUUAGAAUCACUUGAUAAAACGAUCCUCGAAUCGGCCAAGGAAUUGCAAUCAUCUUUUCAUGGAUUGAAAGCGGUGUUCACCACCGAUGUGUAUCGAGGCCUAUUUGGAUUUGCGACGUGGUGGACGUGCUUUGUGUGGUUUGCAGCAUCGUCAUUAGGAAUGAUCUAUCAAUCAUAUUUCACCAAAUUCUAAAUCAACCAUUUUCUCUGUCUCUGUGCAUUUUGCCUCAAAAUACUUCAGUAUCGUACACACACACACAUACACACAAAAUUGUAAACGAUAUGCGCCUCAUUUCGAGUGAAAUGUUUGUAAAUAUGUUCAUUUUCUCGGUCAUUUCUGGAAUCGAAAUUAAUUUUUGUUUUCUUCUGAAAAUGCCGCGCGACAUUGACUACAAAGUAUUGAAUUGUUACGUUUGUAAACUUAAUUCUAAGUUACCAUUAAAACACGUAUUGAGCAAAUUUCCUUCGGAACGAAAUCAAUUUUAUAAAUAAUAAUUUAGUAGGCAUAGAUGAAACAAAAAUGAAAUAAUUUAUUUGUAAACGUUUUACACAAGUAAAUUGAAUGGAAAAACCUCUGAA